AUGAGGCGCGUGUGGGGCGCGGCCGGGGGUGGGGAGCGGGCAGGAGCGCAGCCAGAAACGCCCGGGGCCUGGCCGGGCUGGGCUGGUUUGGGGCACCGUGGAAGGGAAGGGCGAGAGGCGCCGGAAUGGGCCGCCCGGCCGGCUCACCUCGCUCUGGCGGCACGCCCCGCCCGGGACUCGGGAGGAGGGGAGCCCAGCCUGGGGCCCCUGGACUCUGAGACCGCCCCCUCCCGCUCCCGGGCUGGCGGCGAGCGACAGCGACGGCUGGAGCCACGGCGGCAGCAUGAGAGCCGGGGCCGCUCCUCCAAGCCUGCGGACGCGCGGCGGGCGGCUCUGCCUUCGCGCGCCAUGGGGGCGCUGUGGGGCUGGGUGGCGGGCGGGCGGCGCGGGCGGCGCCGAGGCCGGGGACUGCUGCGGAGCGCCCCGGCGCUGGCGGCUGCCGGCAUGCUGUGUACCGCGCUGGCCGCGUACGCCUGCUGGGGGCAGCUGCCGCCGCUGCCCUGGGUGUCCACCGCCCCGCCGCGGCCAGUGGGCGUGCUACUGUGGUCGGAGCCCUUCGGGGGGCGCAGCACCGCGCCCAGGCAGCCCCCCGACUGCUGGCUGCGCUUCAACAUCAGCGGUUGCCGCCUGCUCACCGACCGCGCCGCCUAUGGAGAGGCGCACGCCGUGCUCUUCCACCACCGCGACCUGGUGACGGGGCCCCCCGACUGGCCCCCGCCCUGGGGUGCCCAGGUGCGCAACGCAAAGGAGCUGCGCGUUUUAGACCAGGAGGAGGAAGCUGCGGUGGCAGAAGCCCUGGCGACCCCGGGCUCUAGACCCCCGGGCCAACGCUGGGUGUGGAUGAACUUUGAGUCACCUUCACACUCCCCGGGGCUGCGAAACCUGGCAGCUGACCUCUUCAACUGGACGCUGUCCUACCGGACCGACUCGGACAUCUUUGUGCCUUAUGGCUACCUGUACCCCAGGAGCCACCCCGGCGACCAGCCGUUAGGCCUGGUUCCACCGCUGGGGCGGAAACGGGGAUUGGUGGCUUGGGUGGUGAGCCACUGGGACGAACGCCAGGCCCGAGUCCGCUACUAUCGCCAGCUGAGCCAGCACAUAGCCGUGGACGUGUUCGGCCGGGGAGGGCCAGGGCAACCGGUGCCUGACAGCGGCCUCCUGCACACAGUGGCCCGCUACAAAUUCUACCUGGCUUUUGAGAACUCGCAGCACAUGGAUUAUAUCACGGAGAAGCUCUGGCGCAAUGCUUUGCUCACCGGGGCGGUGCCUGUGGUGCUGGGCCCGGACCGCACCAACUAUGAGCGCUUCGUGCCCCGUGGCGCCUUCAUCCACGUGGAUGAUUUCCCUAGUGCUGCCUCCCUGGCCUCCUAUCUGCUUUUCCUCGAUCGCAACCCAGCCGUCUACCGCCGCUACUUCAGCUGGCGCAGGAGCUACGCUGUGCAUGUCACCUCCUUCUGGGACGAGCCUUGGUGCCGGGCCUGCCAGGCCGUGCAGAGGGCUGGGGACCGGCCCAAGAGCAUAAGCCACCUGGCCAGCUGGUUUGAACGGUGAAGCCGCCCUUCUCUGCCAGUGACCCAGGGAGGCCAGGUUGUGUGCAUC